GUUGUGUACCCAAUGUUCUCAUCCAUGAGAAUUCCUCCUAAACAUUGAAGUUUACUCUCUCCUAUUGUACCCACAUAACCUAUCGAAUUGCAUGAGUUUUUCAGUAAACGACAUAGAAAAAUAUAUUCGUGUGAUAAAGGAGCCUGGCAAAUUUCAAGUGUAGCUAGUUAUCAGCUUGGGGAUGCCUAUUGAGUACUUAGCUGCCUUUGUCAGGAUUGCCUUCUGUCGGUGAAUUGCCCUGAUAAUAGAUGUGUAUGUACAGCGAAUGCACUGAUUUUAUAUUGAAUAGCUGUUUAAGUUAUCAAAACCAUCAUGAAACGUAUUUUUGAAUCAUCGAGACCAAUAGCUAGGCUCGUAUGUCGACGAUGGAAGAGUUCUAGUUCAAAAAGUGUCUUGAAUCUCCAUGAAAGAGGCAUGUACAAAGACAUUUUCCCAGGAAAAGCAGCCACGGAAAUUGACAAUCUUUUAAAAAGUUCAAGUCAGUGUGUAUAUGCUGGCUUCGACCCAACUGCUGACAGCCUUCACGUCGGUAAUCUUCUUGUCCUUGUGAACCUUCUUCAUUGGCAAGCAUCUGGUCACCAAGUUAUUGCAUUGAUUGGAGGAGCUACAGGCCACAUAGGCGACCCAAGUGAACGAAAUACAGAACGGCCUUUGAUUUCAUCUCAAAACGUGUUCAAGAACGCUGAUGGAAUCAAGAAGAAUAUAGAGUGUGUUUUUGAAAACUAUAGAAAACAUUUUUCUAAUGGUGCGGAACUACAUCCUGUUAAGAUAGUUAAUAAUUAUGAUUGGUACAAGCAAAUGAAUGCAGUUGAAUUUGUUGGCUAUGUAGGAAGACACUUCCGAAUGGGUACAAUGCUUGGGAGAGAAAGCGUGUCUCAAAGAUUAUCUUCUGAGAGUGGCAUGAGUUUUACAGAGUUCACCUACCAAAUAUUUCAAGCGUAUGACUGGUUACAUUUGUUUCGGACAAACAAUUGCAAAUUUCAGAUUGGUGGUAGCGAUCAGAUGGGUAAUAUUGUCUCAGGACAUGAUUUAAUCAGCAGGGUAGAGGACAAAUCAGUGUACGGAAUCACCUUACCAUUAAUCAAAUCUGAAUCAGGCGAUAAAUUUGGGAAGUCAGCAGGGAAUGCAAUAUGGCUCUCUGCAUCAAAAACUUCUUCUUACGAUUUGUAUCAGUUCUUUGUCCGCACACCAGAUGCAGAUGUAGAACAGCUUCUGAAGCUCUUCACUUUUCAUAAUCUAGGCUUUAUAAAAGAUAUAAUGAAAAAGCACAAGGAUGACCCAUCCAAAUGGACAGCCCAAAAAGUCUUGGCCCAGGAUGUCACCACUCUUGUACAUGGAGAGGAAGGUCUAAGGAUAGCACAGUUGUCAUCCACUAUUUUACAUGGCUCAGAUAUUGCAGCAUUGUCAUCUUUAACUGACAAUGAAACCAGGCAAAUUUUUAUGGGCACACCAGUCAAAGAACUCAUGUUAACACAAGGAAUGACUUUUCUAGAUGUAAGCCGUAAAGCUGGAUGUUUCCCAUCAGACAGUGAUGCAAGGAGAAUAAUAUCUGCAGGUGGAUUUUCCGUUAAUUAUCAGAAGCUUAGUAACCCUGAUGAAAUAUUUUCUGUUGGGCAUAUCUUGCCUUCCAAAUAUUCUGUACUUCGUGUUGGUAAAAAAAAUUUCUUUUUGGUACACUGGAUUUAAAAGCCAACAUGCCUGUGUAUUAGCUCACCUCUACUGUACUGGAAUGACACUAUGGUAAAAUAAAUAUUGGUUGUUCAAAGUGAA